AUGAGUUCAGUACCAGAAACUUCGGAAAGAUCUGCUAUGGUUACAUCACCGGACUUCACAGCAUUGGGAGCGCAAUUAAGCGAGAUGGUUGGCAAGUUCAAUGAGUUAAGUGUUGAAAUGGCCGCACAAAGGCGUGUAAUUAAUCAGUUGGUCGCUAGCAACAGUGGUGGUGGUGUCCCAAACGACCAAGAACCUAUCGAUAAUCACCCACCUGCACAAGACUAUCAACCACCCCACACAUCCAAUACCCAAACACCUUUCUUUCCUCCUUUCGUUAACCCUCUUGAAAAUACCUUUGCCCGAUUAAAUUCAGACUUUUCCUAUAUGCAUCCAAAUUAUGUAUUGGUAAACCCAACCAGUAGUCAAAUCCCUCAAACCCAUCCACAAACCAAUCUGAACAUUCCCCCCAACCCUCAGGGGCCCCACCACCAUACUGCAGAGCCUUUUGUACUGGAUACUGCAUCUCAAGGGAAGGCGGCGAUGGAAGAACAACCUACGCCCGUUGAUAAAGAUCUGUUAAGAAGGUUGGACCGAUUCGAUGACUUUAUGAAAAAGAAUCAAGGUUUGAGCAGGCAUGGUGGUUUGGACUACGAUGAAUUAUGUCUUUUCCCGGAUAUUCAGCUACCGUUGGGAUUCAAAACCCCUAAAUUCAGCAAGUAUGAUGGAACUGGAAAUCCUAAGACGCACCUCAAAAUGUUUGCCAACAAGUUAGGUAAACCUGUGGAUGAUGAGAGUUUGCCUAUGCGUCUAUUUCCGGAAAGUUUGGAGGGAGAUCCUCUAGAUUGGUAUUCAAAUUUGAAGUUUGAAGAGGUCAAAACCUGGUUGGAUUUGUCAACAGCCUUUGUGAAGCAAUAUGAGUUUAAUUGUGAAUUGGCGCCAACACGAACGACACUGGAGGGUACAAAAAGAAAACCAUCGGAAGAUCACAAGACCUAUGCAAAGCGAUGGAGAAAGUUAGCUGCCAAAGUGGAGCCUCCUAUGACUGAGGAGGAGAUUGUUCGUACUUUCAUCAAAGCUCACGAUCCACCCUACUUUGAAGAGAUCUUUCGCAUGACUGGAAGUUCAUUUGCAGCCAUUAUUAACAAGUUGGAGGAAUACGAUGAAUUUGUCAAGGCAGGGAAGAUUGUUAAUGUGUCUGCAUUAAAGUUGCAAUUAGAUGCUCUACAAAAUCAAAGCAACAAUGGUAAAAAGCCCACAUUCAAGAAGAAAGAAGGAGAAACUGCUUUUAUAUGGGAUCAGGGCCCGUCUUUCAGACCCAGAAACCAUCCCACCUAUUCUUUUCCUCACCCGUAUUACACCAAUUCUCAACCAGUCUACCACACCACUACCCAAUUCCAUCAUUCCCGACCAAAUCACUUGAAUACCUCACCGUUACCUCCAACCCCACAACCCGUUUUUCAAAAUCACACUCGUCCCAAUUACCAUUCCAGACCAACCCUGCAAAAUAAUAACCCUCCUCAAAAUCCUUAUCAAACCAAUGGAGUUCAAACCCAGAAACAAUUUCGAACUUUCACCAACUUGGGCCGACCAAUUGAUCAACUAUAUGAGCAGUUAAAAGCAGCUGGAAAAAUUGGCACCGUUCCUCCCAAACUUUAUCCCAAAGGCAUUCCUCCAGGUUAUGAUACGCAAGCAAUUUGUGCUUAUCAUUCUGGAAGUCCAGGUCAUACCACUGGCAAUUGUUGGGCUCUAAAACAUAAGAUUCAGGACAUGAUUGACUCUGGAGACAUCCUUCUCAGAAGAAAAGGAGAACAAGGACCGAAUGUCAGUAAGAAUCCUUUACCUGAGUAUGGGAGUACGGUGGGAGUUAUCAUCGCUGAUGGAGAUUUUAUCGAUCCCACUCAGUACAUUGUGGAUGAAACUGAGGCGUUUGGCGUAAUGGAAGCUGACCACGCCAGAAUGAGAAAAUUGUCUUCUGAAAAGUCCAUGGCCAACGAUAAUGUUGAGGAUAAACUGAAGUCUUUUGUAUUUGAAAAAGAGGAGCCAUUUAUAAUGGAAAGGGGAGUUUCUGAGGUUGACAAAUCUCCUUUUAUUCUGGAUCUACCAUCUUUUGAAUGGGAUAUAUCAGAGCUUGUCAUUCUGGAAUUUCCGGAACAAAUGCCUGUCAAUAACCUGCAAGAGGUGCCAUGGAACUACGAGGAAUCUAUUCUGUUGGUUGGAGAUAAAAAAUGCUUAAAGGAAGAGGUAUCUACCAUUACCUCGUCUGGGAGAAUUAUGAAAAAUUCCGAUAUUGAUGUUCAGUCUAGGGUCAAGGUUAAAUCUCCGACACCCAAGCAUCGUGUGUCUGAAAAUGAAGCUGUAGAUUUUCUGAAGAUGCUGAAGAGAAGUGAAUACAAAAUAGUGGAGCAGUUGGAUAAGAUGCCUACUCAGAUUUCUUUUCUGAAUCUUCUCUUGACCUCCGAGCUACAUAGAGAAGCAUUGCUUAAAAUUCUGAACGAAGCUCAAGUCCCUAAAGAUAUUCCGGUGGAUAAAUUUUCUAACAUCGUGGGGAAUGUACUUGCUGCUAAUCAUAUUGCCUUCUCCGAUGAUGAUCUAACUGCAGAAGGGAUCGGGCAUAACAGAGCCUUGUAUAUAUCAGUUCGCUGCAAUGGAAAGCUGUUGCCGAGGGUUUUAGUGGAUAAUGGGUCAGCAUUGAAUAUCUGUCCAUGGAACACUCUCACCAAACUUGGAUUUCUUGACAUUAAACUCCGUCCAUCUGCAACUGUGGUUCGAGGAUUUGAUGGUUCAAAGAGGGAAUCUAUGGGUGAAGCAGAUCUGGUAUUGGAGAUAGGCCCCGCUCAAUUCCAAGUUACUUGCCAAGUCAUGGACUUCUCCAGCGUUUACAAUAUUUUGCUUGGAAGACCUUGGAUACAUGCUUCCAAUUCAGUGCCAUCUUCUCUGCAUCAAAUGUUGAGGUUUAUUGCGAAUGAACAACUCAUUACUGUGUUUGCUGAGGAUGACUGUACCAUGAUCGUUGAUACAAAAUUCAAUGGUGAAAACAUAAAAAGGACUCUAACUUCAUCUCAUCACGUUGCUGACAUCGUCUCUGUAGGAUGGGCAUCCAAGGAUAAGUCGCUGACUCAAUCGGAUUUGCCAGAGGCCAGUAUUAUGAUGGCUAGGGAGAUGAUUCGAGGCGGAUAUGAAAUAGGAAAAGGUCUUGGGAGGGAAUUACAAGGAAUUUUGGAGCCAAUAGAGAUCCUGACGCAGAAGGAUACAUUUGGAUUGGGAUUUCAUCCGACUGCUAAGGAUAGAAGGGAAAUGCAAGCUCGAAAACAAGCUGAAAAGAAGGGUAAGCAAAUUGCCUUAAACGUUCCGCCGCUAUAUCACACCUUUCCUCGUCCAUCAGAGGUGAUUAUGCCAGAAAUGAAGAAUCCUGUGGAGGAGAUUGAAGUGGACCUAUGGCCACAAAUAAAAUCUUUUGACCCUUUGGAUGUCACCAUUUUGGAAUUCGAUGGCUGCAAUCUCGAUAUCUCUCAUGAACUUGAAAUCAUGCAAUCUGAAAUUCAAAGCGAGAGCGAUACUGAGGAAGAAUUUGAGUCUGUUUCAAGGGAUUUAAAACAGUAUGAAGAGAAACCCAAACCCAACUUAGAAGAAACAGAAAUCAUCAAUAUUGGCACUAAGACGGAGGUUAAAGAAGUUAAAGUCAGCAUUCAUUUGAAUAGGAAACAGAAGGAGGAAAUGAUUGAAUUCUUAAUGCUUUUUCAAGAUGUGUUUGCAUGGUCAUACGAUGAUAUGCCAGGGAUCUCUACAGACAUAGUGGUUCACAGGUUGCCAACUGAUCCAAAUUUUUUACCUGUAAAGCAGAAGCCACGUAAAUUCAAACCAGAAAUGAGUCUCAAAAUAAAGGAGCAAAUCGUGAAACAGCUCAAUGCUAAGAUAAUCAUGGUGUCUCAUUAUCCCAUCUGGCUAUCGAAUCCUGUGCCAGUGCCUAAGAAAUCUGGGGAGGUGCGAGUAUGUGUUGAUUACAGAGAUCUGAAUAAGGCCAGUCCGAAAGAUGAUUUUCCUUUGCCAAAUAUUCAUAUUCUUUUGGACAACACUGCUGGACACGAAAUUGAAUCUUUUGGUGAUUGUUUUGCUGGGUAUCAUCAAAUCUUAAUGGCAGAAGAGGACAGAGAAAAAACCUCUUUUAUCACCCCAUGGGGAACCUUUUGUUAUCGAGUGAUGCCUUUUGGGUUGAAGAAUGCUGGAGCCACUUAUCAGAGGACAAUGACUACCCUGUUCCAUGACAUGAUCCACAAAGAGAUGGAGGUUUAUGUGGAUGAUAUCAUAAUUAAAUUCAAGAAGGUUGAGGACCAUUUGGUUGAUUUAAAGAAGCUGUUUGAAAGAUUGAGGAAGUAUAAUUUGAAGUUGAACCCUGCAAAAUGUGCUUUUGGAGCUCCGGCGGGUAAGUUAUUGGGUUUUAUUGUCAGCAAAAAGGGUAUAGAGAUAGACCCUGCGAAAAUAAAAGCAAUUCGAGAUAUGCCCAUUCCAAAAAGUCAAAAAGAUGUGAAGAGUUUUCUUGGAAAGAUCAAUUUCAUUGGCCGAUUCAUUGCACAGUUAACCUCUACCUGUGAGCCUCUGUUCAAACUGUUGAAAAAGAACACGUCGAUGGAUUGGAAUGAAGAUUGUCAGCAAGCUUUUGAUAAGAUCAAAAAUUACUUGUUUAAUCCUCCGGUCUUAAUGCCACCUCAGCCAGGGAGACCUCUGAUUAUGUAUUUGUCUAUUCUUGAUGAGGCUGUUGGAUGCGUUCUGGGACAACGUGAUGAAUCUGGGAGAAAGGAGCAAGCCAUCUACUAUCUGAGCAAGAAAUUUACAGCAUAUGAGGCUAACUAUUCUUUCCUUGAUAGAAGUUGUUGUGCUUUAGCAUGGGCAGCUCAGAAGCUGAGACAUUAUUUGCUCGGUUAUACCACUUACUUGAUUUCCCGUUCUGAUCCUCUAAAAUACCUGUUGGAAAAGUCGAUGCCCACGGGACGUAUGGCUAAGUGGCAAAUGAUCCUUUCCGAGUUCGACAUUGUCUUCACAACACAAAAAGCAGUCAAGGGUCAAGCCAUAGCAGAUCAUUUGGCAGAAAAUCCAAGGGAUGAUGAUUACCAGCCAUUACAUACCUAUUUUCCUGAUGAGGAAAUUCUGCUCGUUGGAGCAGUUGAGGACAUGAGUGAGCAGUAUCCUGGAUGGAGGUUAUUUUUCGAUGCCAAAUUACGGUUUCCUUGUACCAAUAACAUGGCUGAGUAUGAAGCUUGUAUUUUUGGAUUGAAAAUGGCAUUGGACAUGGAGAUCAAGGAUCUGAUAGCAUUCAGUGAUUCCGAUUUACUGGUGCACCAGACGCUUAAGCAGUGGGUAACUCGGGAUUCAAAAAUUAUGCUGUAUCAUUGUAACUUGCUUAGUUUGGCCAGCAAAUUCAGGAAUUUGAAACUCAGACAUAUUCCUCGUACUCGUAAUGCCUUUGUUGAUGCCCUAGCUACUCUGUCUUAGAUGAUCCAACAUCCAGAUGAAUUGGUGAUUGAACCUAUACAGAUUCAGCUUCAGAAUAGGCCAGCGCAUUGUCUGGUUGCGGAAAGGGUCACUGAUGGUCGCUCCUGGUACAAUGAUAUUAAGGAAUUCAUGAAAACGGGAUCCUACCCUCCUGACGCUGAUGCUGUUGCAAAAAGUUUUUUACGCAGAAUGUCAGCAAGAUUUUUCUUGAAUGGAGAAGUGCUAUACAAGAAAACAUCUGAUUUGGGCCUUCUAAGAUGUAUCAAUGAAGAGGAAGCCGAUUAUAUGAUGAAAGAAGUGCAUAGUGGGGUUUGUGGGCCACACAUGAAUAGGCAUCUACUGGCUAAGAAGAUCAUGAGAACAGGAUAUUUUUGGAUAACCAUGGAUAUGACUGCUCCAUGGCCAUGUUCGAUCUGGGGAAUGGAUGUGAUCGGAACUAUUGAUCCUCCUGCUUCAAAUGGGCAUCGAUUCAUCUUAGUGGCAAUUGAAUAUUUCACCAAGUGGGUUGAGACCGCGUCCUAUAAGCAUGUGACUAAAAAAGUGGUGUCGGAUUUCUUGAGAAAUAAUAUCAUCUGUCGUUUUGGGGUACCAGAGACGUUGAUCACUGAUAAUGCCAAAAACCUCAACAAUGAUAUGGUGGAUGGAUUAUGUGAACAGUUCAAGAUCAGACAUCGAAAUUCUGCCAUUUAUAGGCCUCAGAUGAAUGGAGCCGUCGAAGCCGCAAAUAAGAACUUGAAGAAAUCUCUUAUGUAUGGAAUGGAAGCAGUACUACCGGCAGAAGUUGAAAUUCCUUCCUUACGCAUUCUGAUGGAAGCUCAGAUAGAAGAAGCUGAAUGGGUCAGAGAACGUCAGGAGCAAUUGUCUUUGAUUGAUGAAAAGAGGUUGAAUGCCGUCUGCCAUGGACAAUGUUAUCAGCAACGAAUGGCUCGGGCUUACAACAAGAAAGUCAAGCCCCGCUUGUUUGAAGUUGGAGAUAAGGUUUUGAAACGGAUUCUUCCAAUGCAAGAUGAGGCUAAAGGGAAGUUUGCUCCCAAUUGGCAAGGACCAUUCAUUGUUAAGAAAGUACUAUCCGGAGGAGCGCUUAUCCUUAUGGAAAUGGACGGUCAAGUUUUUCCCCAACCAAUCAAUGCAGACAUGUGCAAAAAGUUUUUCAUUUGA